GUCACCUGACUUGCUUUCUUUGCAGCCAUAGAGGAGAUCAAAGAAAAAAUGAAGAGUGUGAAACACAAGAUCUUGGUGUUGUCUGGGAAAGGCGGCGUUGGGAAAAGCACGUUUAGCGCCCACCUGGCCCAUGGCCUAGCGGAGGAUGAAAACACACAGGUUGCUCUUCUAGACAUCGAUAUAUGUGGGCCGUCAAUUCCCAAGAUCAUGGGAUUGGAAGGAGAACAGGUUCACCAGAGCGGCUCGGGCUGGUCUCCAGUGUUCCUGGAAGACAACUUGGGGGUGAUGUCGGUGGGUUUCUUGCUCAGCAGCCCUGACGAUGCCGUCAUCUGGAGGGGACCAAAGAAAAACGGCAUGAUCAAGCAGUUCCUCCGCGAUGUGGACUGGGGCGGGGUGGACUACCUCAUUGUGGACACCCCGCCCGGAACGUCGGAUGAGCAUCUCUCGGUGGUGCAGUACCUGGCUGCGGCGCACAUCGAUGGGGCGGUGAUCAUCACCACGCCCCAGGAAGUGUCACUCCAGGAUGUCCGGAAAGAGAUCAGCUUCUGCCACAAGGUGAAGCUGCCCAUCAUCGGGGUGGUGGAGAACAUGAGCAGCUUCAUCUGCCCCAAAUGCCAGAAAGAGUCCCAGAUAUUCCCACCGACAACGGGGGGUGCGGAGGCCAUGUGCCAGGACCUGAAGAUCCCGCUGCUUGGCAAAGUGCCGCUGGAUCCACGCAUAGGUAAGAGCUGCGACAAAGGACAGUCUUUUUUGGUGGAAGCGCCAGAUUCACCCGCCACUGUCGCCUACAGAAGUAUAAUUCAGAGAAUCCAGGAGUUCUGUAGUCAGCGUCUGCCAGAAGGAGAGAACCUCGUCGGCUCCUGAGACAGGAGGCCGUGAAGAACGGCAGCAGCGCGAGCCAUCCGUCAGGUCUGGCCAGCGUGGGGACAGAGCGGGUCACAGGCAGACAGGGACCAGCCCCGGGCAUGGCGUGAAGCCACUUUUUCAGAGACACUUUAAUCAUCUAGCAUUUGUACACUUUCCUUUAGAACGUAUGUAAAGGGCGUUCUUUACAGAUGUGCCAUUUGAAAAAUAAAAACAGCUCCUCAAAC